AUUAUUCAUAAUGGGUUCAUUUCUUGAGCAAUCUUUCUACUUUUCAAUAAUAUCAAUAUCGUUUCUAUUUCUUUCCAUUCAAGCUAAAUCGCCAUCGCACAAAUUCUUCAACGUCAGGUCAUAUGGCGCCGUCGCCGACGGAGUCACCGACAAUUCCGCCGCAUUUCUAAGAGCAUGGGAUGAUGCAUGUAAAUGGAAGGGUAUGGGGAGGGUUUUAAUACCCUAUGGGAAGUACAAUUUAAAUUCUGUGGUCUUCAAUGGACCAUGUAAUAAUUUAAUGAUGAUGAUCAUCAAAGGGGUGAUUAAGGCUCCAACAAAACCCAAACUGUUCUUUACUGACCAUUGGAUCAGUUUUCGGUAUAUUAAUGGAUUGGUAAUCAACGGUGGAGGUUAUUUGGAUGGACAAGGUGCAUCUGCUUGGCAUUAUAAUGAUUGUUACAAGAAUCCACAAUGUUCUGUUCUUCCUACGAGUUUGAGAUUAGACUUUGUAAAUCAAUCAAGUAUACACCAUAUAAAAUCAAUCAACAGCAAAAAUGUUCAUAUUUCAAUCUUUGCAUCAAACCAUAUCAAUAUCAGCCAUGUUAGAAUCACCGCACCAGAAUCUAGCCCAAACACAGACGGAAUCCACGUCGCCGAUUCAACCCACAUCGCAAUUCGCCACACCGUAAUCGGAACCGGAGACGAUUGCAUCGCUGUUCUUUCCGGCACCGACGGCCUCGACAUUUCCAAUGUUUCCUGCGGUCCAGGCCAUGGAAUCAGCAUCGGAAGCCUAGGUAGGUAUGGCCCUAACGAAUUUGUUAGAAAGGUAACUGUUCGUAAUUGUACCUUGAUCCGAACUCAGAAUGGUUUAAGGAUAAAGACAUGGGCGCCUUCGUUUUCGAGUAGUGCUUCGGAGUUGGAAUUUGUUAAUGUUGUUAUGAAGAAUGUUAGAAAUCCUAUUGUUAUUGACCAACAUUAUUGUCCUUUCUCUCAAUGCGACACUAGAGCGAGUUCGUCGGUUAAAAUAAGUGAUGUGAAAUUUAGGAAUAUAAGGGGGAUUUCGGAAUCAAGAAUUGCUGUUAGUUUGAAUUGUAGUAGAUUGGUGCCUUGCCGGAAUUUGCAACUUGAAAACAUUAACUUGGUUUAUGAUGGACCGGGAGGUCGGGCUGUUUCUGUUUGUUCCAAUGUUCGAGGUCAUUCAUACGACAAACAAUUACCUCCAAGUUGUUUAUGAUUAUCAUUUUCCUUGUUAUAAGCAAUUCUACUUUUUCUCUAUUACUUCAUUUCUCUAUGUAAUGUUAGUUCUUGUUUGUUUUAU